AUGACAAAUCUAAUGGUAGCACCUAGGUACGGUACGGCAGCGGCAUCACGCGUACCGUCUCAGAGCUUGAACUGGCAGAUGUCCAGCCGUCCUCGUGCUGAUUACGAUGCGCACGUGAAUGUCCGAAAGCUUGGUAUCAAAGAUGGUCACCUCGCAAGGUGCCGGUACUUGCUUCACACAACAUCUUCUCGUUCAUCUGUCCACACAAGCCCAAAUGCCAUCUUUUGUCCAGAUGGGCGCGUGUGCCUGAGGCGGCGCUGCUCAAGCCGCCAGUACCGUGGUUGUGGCAUUAGCAUCUCUCAGCAGCUGGCAGCAGACGGCAGUCGGGUCGGCUUGGGUGAAAUGAGCUUUGAACCUGGCAGCCUCGUGGCAGUCAGGACGGAUGACACGCCGCUAGCAGACAGCUUUUCACACCUUCACCCUCAUAUACACCGGGGUGCGUCAAGCAGCCGAGCAGAAGCAGGCAGGGCGUGUUGGUGUUGA